CACACACACACGUUACGAGUACCUUUGAACCUUCACAUUUUUACUCCCUGAAAUUAGAUGAAUAAAGAUCAACUAAUAUACACUAUCACACUUAUGAGAGAUGAAUAAAAAUCUUUGAAUUUAUUCAGUUAUUUCUUUUUCACAUUACUAAUAAUUUAAUUUAAAUAUUUCAUUCAUACUAAUGAGAGAGACAAUAAUAAUAAUAAUAACUAAUUAAAGUUCAUCAUUUAUCAUCAAAGAUUGGUGAUUUCAGCGUACUUUGUCUGUUAACAAUACUUCAUUUAUCUUAUUUGUAUUGUCAUAAAGUUCAUUGAUAAAGUCGAAUACAAAUGUUCUAUUUUGUAUAAAAUUCAGUUUAUACAUUCACAAGUUUUAUCUGUCUAUUGUAACAAUUGAAAUAUACAAAUUAAAUGAUGAUGUAUACGUGGUAUAUCCAAGCUGUUUUAUUCACAACUAUUUUUGCUACACUCCUGCACUCGGGAUAUAGUCAAGAGGGAGAUGAUUGGAAUUACCUUGUUUUAACAUUAUCUUGGCCACCAACAUAUUGUAGCAAAGUUGAAUGUAAACUGCCACCAAGAAUGAAUGAUUUCAAUAUUCAUGGAUUAUGGCCUUCUGUUUGGCCCGGUAAACAACCAACAAAUUGUUCAGCGCAUCCAAACUUCGAUAUCGAUAAAUUGUGGGAUAUCAGGGGGCAAUUAGACUCUGAAUGGGUGAAUUUGAAGGACUAUCAAAAUCCGAUACCAUUUUGGGAACAUGAAUGGUAUAAACACGGCCAAUGUGCAACAGAAGACAGCUUAAUAUCUGAUGAACUUGGCUAUUUUAAUACAUCCUUAAUUUUAAGAGAUAAAAUCGAUUUACUGAACACACUGAAUACAUACGGAAUUCAACCAGCUAAUAAUCAGUUAUUAGGAAGAAUAGAGUUACUCAAUACACUACGCCAAGCCUACAAUGCUCGUGUUUUAGUAACCUGUCAGAAGACACCGAAAUACGAACGUAGACGUAGACAUCAUCAUAGACAUAAUCAAUUGGCACUAUUGAGUGAAGUUCGUUUUUGUUUCAAUCCACAACUUGAAUUAAUUGACUGUCCAAUGCAAGAAGAAGACAACAAUACUGAAUGUCCACUAUGGAUUGAAUUCCCUGAGUUCAAUUAACUCUGAAAGUAAAUAAAUAUUUCUAUUGAUAAUACAAAUUUCACCUAUUCAUCUUAAAGUAACACACGAAAUACAUACUUCAAAAAAAACAUCUCUAGACUUUUGAAUUUAUUCUUAGAAGUUGAUG